AUGGCCAACCUCGCGUCGACGUACCGCAACCAGGGGCGAUGGGGCGAGGCGGAGCAGCUGGAGGUGCGGGUGAUGGAGACUUCGAAGACGGUGCUUGGGGCGGAGCAUCCCUACACGCUGACGAGCAUGGCCAACUUGGCGGGGACCUACACUGAUCAGAAACGCUGGACAGAAGCAGAAGAGCUUCUCCUGCCAGCAGUAGAUGCGUAUCAACGAGUCCUUGGCAUAUCUCAUCCCGACACCGAGCGCACUGUACACCAGCUGCACGAUCUCAGA